UCUUCCCCUUUUCAUUCUCACCAUCCACAUUCCUUUCUCUUUCCUCCAUUUUCAUUUCUCUUUUUUCUCGCUUUACCCUAAAAUUAUCUCGCAUUUCUCCCUAAAAAUGGCGCCCAAACUUAAUGGCAACGGCGGUGGAAGUAAUGGUGGUGUUGUAGGUCUUAAAGUUAAUGCCGUUAACAACAGUAACGUCAGCAAAGAAACACAUUUCAGAGGUGUUAGGAAACGACCUUGGGGAAGGUACGCGGCGGAGAUUCGAGAUCCGACCAAAAAAAGUCGAGUUUGGCUCGGAACCUUCGAUACCGCCGAAGAAGCUGCACGUGCGUAUGAUGAUGCCGCACGCGCUUUCCGUGGUGCUAAGGCUAAAACUAACUUUCCUUUACCUUCAGAAAUUCAUCAUUCUGUAAACAAUAAUAACAGUAAUAAUCAUAGUCCGAGUCACAGCACCGUUGAAUCGUCUUGUCACGAGAAAAAUUCUCCGGCAGCUCCGGUGACGAUGGUGGAUUCACUGCCGUUGGAUCUUAAUCUUUCCGGAUGCUUUGCCGGAGUAAAAUUUCCUUUUCAGCAAGUUAGGGUUGCUCAAGUGCCGGCGGUAGGUUAUCCGGCGGCGAUGAAUCAGUUGGUGUAUUUUCAUCAACAUUUUCCACAACCGCAAUAUAUUAGUACUAAAAAUAAUCAACAGAUGAGCUUCAGCCACGUAGCUCACGCGCCGGUGAUGGCGAGUGGUGUUCAGAGUGAUUCUGAUUCAUCCUCUGUUGUUGAUUUAAAUCAAGAUCUUAUUAGUGCUCCAAGAGGUCUUGAGAUAGAUCUUAAUCAACCUCCACCGUCCGAUUAAGCUUAAUUAAGUUUUUUAAUCUCUUUAUGAAGGGGUUUUUUUGAUGAAGAUAAGAGGAAAAGAAAAGAAAAUUGAAAAAAAAAGGAAGUUUUUGUUUUUUUUUAAAUUUCCUCGUAUUAAUUUGAGUAGGAAAAUGAAAAAAUGAGGGUGGAUCCCAAAACAGAAUGAAUUUUUCUGCUUUUUGUAUAGUAUUUAAUUUUAGUUGAUUAGAAUUAAUUAAAAUUAUCUAUUGAAUUAAGAAUCCUUUUUUUGCAACAGAGAUUAGAGAAGAAAAGAAAGAUUAUGAUGUACUUUGUGUCUUUCAAUUUGGAUUAUUUCUGUUGUUUGCUGGAAAGCAAUUAAGGGUGUAAUUUGGUAAAUCCUAUUUUGGAUAAGAUGUUGAAAGUAUAAUGUUAAUUCAGCUUAAUUACUCUAUAA